AUGCCCGCAACCACUCGCAGGGAAGAAUUUGACCUGAAGCUCGUCGGUCUGGAAGCGGAGGUUGAGGGGCUGGCCUAUUACGUGAGCGACGCGGUCCACCGCUCUGUCGAAGCGCUGAAGACACGCGACCUCGCUGCCUCCCGGCAAGUCAUCGAAGACGACGAUUACAUUGAUCAGAAGCAGGCCGAGAUCGAGGCCCGCUGCAUCAACCUCAUUGCGACUCAGCAGCCCGUGGCCCGGGACCUCCGGUCCAUCAUCGCGUUGCUCCACAUCGGCGUCGAGCUGGAGCGUAUGGGAGAUUACGCCGAGGGUAUAGGCAAGAUAUCAGCGUCCAUGGGCGGCGACGAGCAUGAAGCCACUCGUGAGCCCCAAUGA